AACUUCAAGUGGCAAAGCGUUCAUCAGUUGAUUUUAAUAAGGCUAUAUUAGCAGUUUAUAGACGAGAGUUGUUAGAGAAAAAUUUGAUUUUUAAUUUCACAAUUUACUAAAACAAAUAUGUUGCUACGUGAUUUUCCUGGAUGUGAAUAUACUCGACAAAAGAGUGCAGCUGACCAAAAACUUGAUACUCGUAUAUCUUAUGAUUGAGCAAAAAAUAUGGAAUUGCAUACCUAUUAGUGGUGAAAUAGCAAGCCACUUUGAGUGUAUAUAAAUAGCCGAUUUGGAUAGAGCACUCCAGUUGUUACAACGUCGUGAGUUUGAUUAGAUCGCAAUGAGUUUAGCUGGUAAAGUUGUUAUUGUAACUGGAGCGAGUUCCGGCAUUGGUGCCGCCGCAGCUGUUGAAUUUGCCAAGCAGGGUUCCAAAGUGGUGAUCACAGGACGAAAUGAAGCAAAUCUAAAGUCUACUGAGGCGGCCUGUAAAGCAGCCAACAGCAAAGCGGAACUACUACUGAUCACCGCUGAUGUAACAACGGACGCCGAGAAGAUUAUCAAAACAACAAUUGACAAGUUCAGACAGUUGGAUGUGUUGGUGAACAAUGCCGGUUUUGGUGAAUUGGGUUCAAUCUUGGAUAUUCAAGUCGAUCAAUUUGAUCGUGUCAUGAAUACAAAUUUGCGUUCGGUCUUCCUGCUCACCAAGUACGCAGCACCACAUCUCGUGAAGAGCCAAGGUAAUAUCGUGAAUGUCUCCAGCGUCGCAGGAUUGCGUUCGUUCCCUACUUCUUCGGUCUAUUGCACUUCCAAAGCAGCACUUGAUCAAUUCACCAGAUGUAUCGCCUUGGAUCUGGCGCCGAAUAAUGUACGUGUGAAUGCCGUAAAUCCUGGUACGAUUGUGACAGAAUUCCAUAAGCGUAUGGGCUUGACGGAAACAGAAUAUGUUAAAUUAUUGGAGCAUGCAAAAUCUACGCAUGCCUUGGGUCGCGUCGGCGUUGCAAAGGAAGUAGCUGAUGCCAUUAUUUUCUUAGCCAGUGACAGUUCGAGUUUUAUAACGGGCGCAACUCUGCCGAUCGAUGGUGGCAGACAUGCCAUGUGUCCGCGUUAAUAUUUUUUAGAAUAGUUAUAUGUAUAU